AUGCUGCCGGUCCUCACCUUGCGGUCUCUAUCAAGGCCAUCGCCCACGCUUCUCAGACGAUCAUUAUCAAGUCUUGCAACCGCACCAGCAGUUCGCAUCGUCGAGGUUGGACCCAGGGAUGGACUUCAGAACAUUAAAAAAUCCGUUCCUCUGCCAGUCAAGCUGGAGCUCAUUGAGCGAUUGAGCCGGGCUGGAGUAAAAAUUAUGGAACCCACCUCGAUUGUGUCGCCCAAAGCCAUCCCUCAGCUUCAGGACAGCCAGGAACUUUUAUCAACAAAAUCCAUCAAAGAUUUGAUUGCGCAGGAGGGCACAAAAUAUCCAGUUCUUAUCCCUAACCUGAAAGGACUGCAAAUAGCAAAGAAGCUGGGUGUCAAGGAGAUUACAGUCUUCGUCAGUGCCACGGAGGGGUUCAGUCGUGCCAACAUCAAUUGCACCGUGGAGGAAGGUUUGAAACGGGCUGAAGAAGUUACCAAAGGCGCUGUCCAAUCAGGCAUGACAGUGAGAGGAGCCGUCUCUUGCAUCUUUUCUGACCCUUACGAAGGACCUACCGACCCAAGUGCCGUUCAGAGAGCUGUGCAGCGGCUUAUUUCAGCAGGCUGCUAUGAGGUUCUCCUCGGUGAUACGGUCGGGGUCGGUUGUCCCGACGAUGUGCGAAAUCUCAUGAAAGUCCUCCUGGACGCGGGGAUUCGAGUAGAUCAGCUCGCUGGCCACUUUCACGAUACUUACGGACAAGCUGUGGCUAAUGCGUGGGCCGCUUACGAAUGUGGCGUGCGAACUUUUGAUAGCAGCGUCGCAGGCCUAGGUGGAUGCCCCUUUGCUCCGGGUGCUAAAGGGAACGUGUCCACCGAAGAUCUGGUCUAUUCCUUCCACAAGGCUGGCAUAGAUACUGGAAUUGAUCUUGCAAAGCUGUCUGAAACCGGCCAAUGGAUCUCAUCCGUGCUACAGGGCCCAAACAACAGCCGAGCGGGCCAGGCAAUCGCAAGAAAAGCAGCCGCCUCAUCAAGCAGUACCAAAGAGGAAGCGUCAUCGACCAAGUUGAAGUGGGAACUGAUUGACCAGCCCGAAGGUCUCGAUAUCCUGAGGUCUGGUGCAAACGUCAAGGUUGUCCUCCGCCGUCCGCGGAAUGGCAAUGCUUUGACAACAGAGAUGGUUUCUCAACUCCAGCGAUACAUUAAGCAGAUCUCAACAGACCCCACGAUAUCACGCAUCAUUUUGACUGCCGAAGGAAAGUUCUUUUGUACAGGAAUGGACUUGAGUGGCAACAGCAAGAUCGAUAAACCCGGGGCUGAAGGUCCCACUCAGCAUGACAUGUUCACAGAGCUCUUCCAAACCAUCUCAGACGCACCUCAAGUCACCAUCGCUGCAAUCAAUGGACCGCUCUACGCCGGAGGCAUCGGACUAGCUUUUGCGUGUGACAUUCGCAUUGCCGUCGAGACAGCGACUCUCACCGUCAGCGAAGUCAAACUUGGUCUUUGCCCUUCCAUCAUCUCCCAAUACCUGUUGCGUGAAUGGGGUCUGGCUUUCGCUCGCGAGGCGAUGCUCUCAGCCCGACCCAUCACCAUGGCAGAACUCAAAUCCAUCGGAUCCGUUCAUGUUCUCGCCAAAGAUGCUUCGGAUUUGGACAAUCAGCUCGACGCAUACCUGGUUAGCCUGCGAAAGGCAGCCCCAGGAGCCUCGGCGUUUGUCAAGAAACUUGUCAACGCUGCAUGGCAGAACCCCGGCGGUAUAGAGCAGAAGAAAACCAUCAAACAUGUAUUUGAGACCAUGAUGCUGCCAGGCACCGAGUCCGAAAUCGGGCUUGGUGCUUGGAGGAAUGGAAAGAAGUCGAUCGAUUGGGACACUCUCAGAGAAACUCAGUCUAAACCCAAGCUAUGA